AAAUCAAACAAUACCACCUUCUAGUUCUUGAUCCCCUUUUGUUUCUCUCUCCUCCAAUUACUCCAUACCUAGUUCGUCAUAGCCACCCCUGACCCCUCUGACCACCAUCCUUGUGACUUUCCUUCAACAAAAACAAAAAACAAAAAACCCAUCUGUACAAUUGUUUGGGUGAUUUUCGUUUUUCAUCCUAAAAAAUAAAAAUAAAAAUAAAAACAAAAUCUAAAACUAUUGUUAGAUUUUACUUUUACCAUGAACCAACAAAAAUCCAUAAAAAACAAAUUAAUCCCAGAAGAUUGUUGUUAAAUCUGAUUACACUUUUACAAACAGUACAAAAAAGAAAAGAGGAGCAAAAAAAGGCAGCCUUCCUAUUGGCUAUUAUUAUUUGUCAUUUGAUAAAGGAUGGUUCUUUGAAGAGUUCAGAACCUAAAUUUUGUCAAUUUGAACACGAAAUUAUUGACUUCAAUUCCCACUUCAGAAACCAACACGCCGGGAAUUUGUGAAGCGGUUGCCGGAAACAAUCUCGACAACAACUUCGCCGGCGUCUCUAGUUUCUUACUUUCUAGUCACUCUAUACAUCUUCUUUCUCUAUAGUUUCUACUUAUAGUCACUGACUUUAUUCAUCCUCUCUCCGAAAUUCCCUAUCUUUUUUCUCAUUCAUUUUCUUUCAUCCUUCGUCCUCAUUACCGUUAAAUAUCUUGAUUAUAUUUUCAAAACAAAAAAAUUAUAAUCCUUCUUGUAACCAUUAUCAUAUCUUCAAUUUUUGCUAUCUCAUCUAGAUCGAUACCCCUUUCUUUCUCCUAUAUAUUUUUUAAGAUUCGGAUUAGCAAAAGCAUCGGUGCAGUUUUGUUUUGCGGCGGCAUCGUGUUAUAGUUAAAAAAUAAGACUAUUGCUUAUUGAAAAGUUUAAGUUUGUUUGAGACUUGAGUAAAGUUACUUUUUGCCAUCUUAGUGGACGACACAUCUUCAAUUUGGCCCCUCAGGCCUCAGCCUCAGUGAAGCUGUAUACAAAACAAUGGCUGCCCAUGGAUCUGGGCAGAUCAAUACAGAUCAUGUAAGCGACUCAAAGGCAAAGUGUAGCAAUUCUCUAGGAGAAACUAAUAGUGCUAGUACAUCGAUUGGAGGGCCAUCUUCUAAUUUUCCUUGUGAAUAUCAUUCACACUUGGAUGAGGAUGCAAAAUCUCAGAAUUUUUCUCGUAUAGAAGAAGUUGGAGACCAGACACAUAAUAUCCCAUUCUCUGUAGAUAAUUCUACGGAAAAUGGAGUUGCUCCUAGUCGGCUAAUGUCCAAUGAUUCAAUAGCAAGAGGAAGCAGUAGCGGUGCCUCACUGAGAAGGUUAUUUAGCCUAUCUGGUGCUUCAAGACCUCACUUGGACGAAGAUUUAGAAAAUGAAAUUGUUUCACAGGCUGGAGAUAUUGGAGACAGGACAAUUAGCAGAAGAGGUAGUCAAAGAGAGAGUGCACGGUUUUCAAUGGAACAAGGGGUAGUUUUUCCAAUUCCUGAAGAACUAUUGGAUUCUUCUGGCUUUUGGUCCCAUGCUUAUUUCAAGUCAAACACAAUCUCUCCUGUAUCACCAUUUGUGUCAGAAAUCAUUACUCCGCCUCCCACCAAUGCUCUCUUACCCAAUAAACAAGAGGAGAAGAAAGAGCUGCCACCACCUCUUGAAUACGGUGCCUACCUCAUACAUUUGGCUGUCUUUGGAAUUCUUGGGGUCCUAACCAGGUAUCUACUACAGAAAUUGUUUGGCCCAGGUGAUGUAGGUGUGACAAGUGAUGGAAGCAUUCUCUAUCUUGAUCUCCCAUCAAAUAUGGUUGGUUCAUUCUUGAUGGGAUGGUUUGGUGUUGUUUUCAAAGGCAAGAUAUCAAGUAUGUCAGAUCACCUAGCAGUUGGUCUUUCCACUGGAUACCUAGGAAGCCUUACCACAUUCAGUGGUUGGAAUCAGAAAAUGCUCGACCUUAGUGUUAGUGGCCAUUGGGUUUUUGCGCUGUUGGGCUUUGUUAUAGGGUUGUUCCUUGCUGCUUAUUCUAUUAUCUUCGGGAUUGAGACAGCCAAGGGUUUUAGCAGGCUUCUUGAAAAUACUGAAAAAAGUUCGAGCUCCAACAAGUUCAGUUUGAAUAGCUUUAAGAGUCGCCUGCUAGUUUUAUCAGUGUUGAUGCUAGUGUGGGGUGGUUUGUUGACCACAAGUGUGAUCUUGGAGAAGAAAGAGUUUAAAGAUGGCGGGAGUGGUGCUCAACUUUGGUUGGGUUGCCUUGUUGCUCCUUUAGGGGUUUGGAUGAGGUGGUGGCUUGCUCGAUUAAAUGGGCGUGGGUUGGGGAAGGCAGGAAGGUGGAGAUGGGUCCCAUUUGGGACAUUGGCUGCUAAUGUCUCUGCAGCAUGCAUGAUGGCAGCUCUUGCUACAGUGAAAAAAGCAGUGAAUACGAAUGACUGCAACACAGUUGCAUCAGGAUUACAACUUGGUCUGAUGGGAUGCUUAAGCACUGUUUCCACGUUCAUGGCUGAAUAUAAUGCAAUGAGAGAGAGCAGUCAUCCUUUCAGAGCAUAUGCAUAUGCAUUGAUCACUAUUGGGAUUUCAUUUGGUUUGGGAACCUUGAUAUACUCUGUACCUGUGUGGACAUUGGGGUACAGUUAAAGCUCGAGAAUAUUCUAGCAUCACUCAGAAUCCAAAAGCUAUAUUCAUAUCUAACUUCAUUGUUCAUCAAGAAGUUUGAAAAUAAAAUUUGCGGUUUUUGAGAAGAAGUGUAAAUUGAGGUCGAUUAGGCAAAUUUCGUCUCUGCUGAUGCAUAUGCAGUUGAAUUGAACCAUUGUAAAUUGGUAAUGAUAGAAUGUCAGAAUUCUGUUUUGUGAGUAAAAUCUCAUACAGAAAACAAUACACGUACCGUUGUAUUAGACAAGUCUCUUUUUUUUUUCAUUAUUCAGCCAAAUUUUUAUAACGUGUAAUUCUUCCAAUGACAAAUAUCAGCCAAUUGAUGGAGCAUUGAUUCA